AGCAUUGAGCCAUAGACAACUGUCACUAACUUGUCAUUGUGGAUGACAUUUCCUACAUUUGGCCAUUUUGUACAAAAUGGUGAAGGUGUAAAUAUCGACCGGCGGACAACUCUUUCGGAAAUCCAGUUUUACUAGCGGAAUCCUUAAGGAGAAAUGGCGCCUAAAAAAAUUACACGCCUGCACAAAUGGCUCAGGCUAUAGAAGCGGUCAAAAAAGGCGAAAAAAUUACAACUGCAGCAAACAAGUAUGGUGUGCCCAGGAUUACCCUAUAUGACAAAAUUUCGGGUAAAACUCCAGUCGAGUAUUCUAUGGGUCCUAGUACCUAUUUGUCUACAGAAGCAGAAAACCUUUUAGAAAAAUGGGUGAUUGACAUGGCGGGAAAACACAUUCCCAUUACAAGAGACGAAUUGCUUGACAGUGUGCAACGCAUUAUUAUGGACCAGAAGAUAAAAACGCCUUUUACUGACGAUAGGCCAGGCAAGAAAUGGUAUAAUCUUUUUCUAAAAAGACAUCCUGCUUUGUCUGAGCGAACAGCACAAAAUUUAACAACGGCGCGAGAUGCAGUAACGGAAGAAAAUAUAAAAAAAUGGUUUAAAGAAGUUGAAUCAUAUAUACAAGAAAACGAUCUAAAAGAAGCUUCGGAAGACCCUCCAAGAAUUUUUAAUACGGACGAGAGCGCCUUCUAUUUGUCCCCUAAAGCCGGGAAAGUUCUUGCAAGAAAAGGUGACAAACAUGUCUACCGAUCAUCUGGAGACGAUAAGGACAAUUUGACAGUGUUGAUUACGGGGAAUGCAGCUGGACAAUUGGCACCCACCAUGGUAGUGUAUGUGUCGUGGCCAUAUCGUAGAUUUGCUCAUUUCAUGAAAUGGCCAAUUUAGUUUGGCCAGAUCGUUAAAUCGUCAACGUUU